AUGAGGCAGGCACGGCACCACACGCUCAACCUUCUGCUGUUGCCUGGGAACGCAGGUCCAAGGAUUGAUGGGAGUGACGCGCCACGCCCCCUUUCGGUCUCCGUCUAUAUAAGGGCCGGCGCUCGAGUCGGCAUCACACUCACUCGCGAGACUUUCAAGAUGUUCAAGCUGGUCGUCCUCCUCGCCGCAGUCGCUCUGGCCGCCGCCUUGCCCGGCUUCCUCGGAGGCGCGGGGCAUGGAGGAAGUGGGUACGGAGGCGGGUUCGGGGGGCAUGGAGGAAGUGGGUACGGAGGAGGGCGCUUCGGCGGAUUCGGCGGUGGAUACGGAGGUGGAUAUGGGGGAGGCUUCGGUGGAUCUUGCUGUGGUUUCGGCGGGGGAUUCGGAGGACACGGCGGAGGUUAUGGACGCUAAGGAGGCGACAGUGGUUUUCCAAGAAUUAUAACUUUUUUCAUUCG